AACUUCUGUGUGGUCAUCCAACCGAAACAUGAGGUCCGCUGACUGUCCGUUUUUUCCUCGGUAACGUGAAACGGCAAAAAAAAAGAAAAUGUCGCCUUGGGUGUGAUGAUAUGGUCGAUAUUUGCGGUUCAAUUUCUAUUUUUUUCUGUCUGAAACGGAAACACCAGCCUUUGCGGAACAGCGAACUCUUCUCUGUAUCCCUCACCUCGUCCGCCUGCGUCCUGUUAGGGCUGCUAGCUACGAUGUGAUUGUGAAUAACCGCCGUCGAGGGAAGUUAUAAUUGACAUUAUCAUAGCUGAAUGGCUCCAGCACCGGCCUGUCUGCCUUCAUUUAACGCCUGCAUGCCCCUUUUCCGAUAGCCAUUUGUGAGCUCCGCCGUCGGGAGGAACCGCUACGUUUUCUUGGCGGAAAUAACCGAACGAGACCGCAUCCACAGCGCUGUAGUUCACAUCUGAGGGAAGAUGUCUUUCUUCAAUUUUCGGAAGAUAUUCAAGUUAGGGCCCGAUAAGAAGAAGAAGCAGUACGAGCAUGUGCACAGAGAUGUGAAUCCGGAGGAAAUUUGGGAGAUUAUUGGGGAGCUGGGAGAUGGAGCGUUUGGGAAAGUGUACAAGGCACAGAACAAGCAGAAUGGGACUCUCGCUGCUGCUAAGGUUAUCGACACAAAGACCGAGGAUGAAUUGGAGGAUUACAUGGUCGAGAUCGACAUUCUGGCUUCUUGCAACCACCAUCACAUUGUCAAACUGCUGGAUGCCUUCUAUUUUGAAGGCAAACUUUGGAUUCUGAUCGAGUUCUGUGCGGGUGGUGCAGUCGAUGCCAUCAUGCUGGAACUGGAGAGACCCCUGACGGAGCCCCAGAUCCGUGUGGUGUGUAAGCAGACCUUGGAAGCCUUGAUUUACCUCCAUGACAGCAAAGUCAUCCACAGAGACUUGAAAGCCGGGAACAUUCUCCUCUCCUUGGAAGGAGAUGUAAAACUGGCUGACUUUGGGGUGUCUGCUAAAAAUACCAAGACGCUACAGAGAAGAGAUUCUUUCAUCGGCACUCCGUAUUGGAUGGCCCCCGAGGUGGUAAUGUGCGAAACUUCCAAAGACCGUCCGUACGACUACAAGGCCGACAUCUGGUCCCUCGGGGUAACCCUCAUCGAGCUGGCACAGAUUGAACCACCCAACCACGAGAUGAAUCCCAUGAGAGUGCUGCUGAAAAUAGCCAAGUCCGAGCCGCCCACACUCAUGCAUCCCUCUCGCUGGUCACCAGAAUUCAACGACUUUCUGCGGAAGGCACUUGAUAAGAAUGUAGACAAUAGGUGGAGCGCACCACAGCUUUUACAGCAUCCUUUUGUCACCAGUGUUACUGAUAGCAGGCCUCUCCGAGAGCUCAUCGCUGAGGCCAAAGCUGAAGUCACAGAAGAGAUUGAGGAUAGCAAAGAGGAGGAAGAGGAAGAAGAGGCCGAUACACCUCUGGCUGUUCCUGGGCAUAAGCGGGCGCCGUCAGAUGCCAGCGUGGCCAGCUCAGAGGAUGACAAAGUCCCACCGACCCCCUCCACCCUCGAAUCUGUUACAGAAAAGACGGAGGCUGAGCCUGCUGAGGACCGAACCAGUGAUAAGCUUUCUGAUGAAGGACUUGGAACAAGUGAAGUAGACAAGACUGAAGAGGAGAAACUCAAUGAGGUGUCUGAUGCCAGUAAUGAAGACCUGCCCUCUGGACUAACUGAGCCUGGAAAGGACUUGGUCUCUCAAGAUUCUAAAGAACCUAAACCAGAAGGCAAUCAAGCUGAAGAGAUCCCUGCUGAGCCUGUAGUAUCACAACCAGAAGAGCCUGUAGAGACAGUAGAUGGUCAAGAAUCUGUCGCAGUUGGUCAAGAAACAGAGGAAGAACAGAAGGAGACAGAAGAAAUUAAAAUAAAUGAUCAACCCUCCCAGGUAACAGAGGAGGAACAGGGACCAGAGGAGGUAAAACAAGAUGAAGAAAAAGAAGCAAGUACAGAAGAAAACAGAGAAUCACAAGAGAAACCUGAAGAAACACCAGAGAAAACUGAAUCCAUAUCAGGAGAAGUGGCACAGACAGAAGAACAAGGCAAAGAACCGGAUGAAGAAGCACCUCAACACAAAGUGACAGAGGACAGAGUAGAAGACAUGGCUAAUGGCACAGAUGUAAACAUAGACACGGAAAAUGUAGAAUCAGAUUCAAUAGACACAAACAUAAAUGGAGACAUAGACACAAAGUCAAGGGUGGAUGAAUCCUCCACUGAGGUUCUGGUAGAGGACAAGGCCAUAGAGGGUCAGCCAGAAGAGAAACCCAAGGAUGAGGCCUCUGAGGAGCCACAGCAGCCAGAACAAGAGAAUCAGACCAGAGAGGAGGUUGAACUGGAGGAACAAGCACCAACUGAGUCCACAAAUGGAGUUAGUCAUGAAGCCAAAGACACCUCCGAAGAUUCAGAGCAGGUGGUCCCAUCUAAAGACGUCCCUGUGAAAGAAGAUGAGGAGAAAGCGACCCGUGCAGAUGAGAGCACUUCCCAAGAUGCUGUCUCUGUUCCUGAGAGUGAAACAGAUUCCGAACCUAAGAUGGAGCAAGGAAGCCCUGCUGUGAUUAAGCCAGAUGUGGAGAAGGACUCUGACUCUGGAAGCAGCUCUGCUGCCGAUAGCAGCAGCCUCGACCUCAAUCUGUCCAUCUCCAGCUUCUUGUCCAAAAGCAAAGAAGGAGGCUCUGUGUCUAUGCAGGAGUCAAGACGUCAGAAGAAGACUCUGAAGAAGACACGAAAGUUUAUGGUGGAUGGUGUGGAGGUCAGCGUGACGACGUCAAAGAUAGUGACAGAUAACGACACCAAGAAUGAGGAGAUGAGGUUCCUGAGGCGGCAGGAGUUAAGAGAGCUGCGCCUUCUUCAGAAAGAGGAGCAAAGGGCCCAGCAGCAGCUGAGCAACAAGCUGCAGCAGCAGAGAGAGCAGAUCUACCGGCGCUUUGAACAGGAAACUACUGCUAAGAAGCGUCAAUAUGACCAAGAAGUGGAGAAUCUUGAGAAGAAGCAGAAACAGACCAUCGAGCGACUGGAACAGGAUCACACCAGUCGCCUCAGAGACGAAGCCAAACGCAUCAAAGCGGACCAAGACAAGGAGCUCUCCAAGUUCCAGAACAUGCUGAAGAACCGGAAGAAAGAGGCCAAGCAGGAGGUUGGACAAUCACCCAAACACAUGAGAAAAGAGCUCAUGAAACGCUUAAAGGAGGACCUAUCGCUCCUCAAGACUGCAGAGGAGCAGGAGUUCCUACAGAAGCAGCAGCAAGAGCUGGAUGGAGCUCUGAAGAAAAUCAUCCAGCAGCAUAAAGUGGAGAUCGCGACUAUUGAGAGAGACUGCCUCAACCACAAGCAGCAGUUAAUGAGAGCCCGAGAGGCCGCCAUGUGGGAGUUGGAGGAGCGCCACCUGCAGGAGAAGCACCAGCAGCUGAAGCAGCAGCUGAAAGACCAGUACUUCAUGCAGAGACACCAGCUGCUGAAGAGGCAUGAGAAAGAGAUGGAGCAGAUGCACCGCUACAACCAGCGUUUGAUAGAGGAGAUGAAGAACAAACAGACUCAAGAGAGGGUUCGUCUGCCCAAGAUCCAGCGCAGCGAUGCCAAGACUCGCAUGGCCAUGUUCAAGAAGAGCCUUCGCAUCACCGCCACGGCAUCUGUCACCCCGGAGCAGGAGAGAGAAAAGAUUAAACAGUUUGCUGCACAGGAAGAAAAGAGGCAGAAGAACGAGAGACUCCAUCAGCACCAGAAACACGAGAACCAGAUGAGAGAUCUGCAGCUGCAGUGCGACUCUAACAUCAGGGAGCUGCAGCAGCUGCAGAAUGAGAAAUGCCACCUUCUGAUUGAACACGAAACCCAAAAGCUGAAGGAGCUGGAUGAGGAGCACAGCCAAGAGAUUAAGGAAUGGAGAGAGAAGCUCAGACCCAGGAAGAAGGCGUUGGAGGAGGAGUUCACACGAAAGCUGCAGGAGCAGGAGGUUUUCUUCAAGAUGAGCGGGGAGUCCGAAUGCCUUAACCCCACCACCCAGAGCCGAGUAUCCAAGUUCUACCCCAUCCCAAACCUGCACAACUCUGGUUUAUAGCCUCGUGGGUGUCUGUGCUAACACAACAGACUCCGGCUGCGCUCACAGACUUUUCCAGGUGGAUCGACAUCAUUUCUCUGACCGCUAGCGAUAAACAUGAAAAUGUCCUCACUGCUUUGAUUCCACCAUUAGUGAGCAUGACGUGCCUACACACCGUUCCCUCACUUAAUCAAGUUUUCUCAGCCUGCUGGGAAACCUCUAACAGAUAAUAUGCACUUUUUUGAGCAUGUUCAGAUUUUAAAAGUCUGCGGUUGGUAGCUAAGGUCAGUCAUGCUUAUCAAGUUAUUGUAAGCACAGCCUGCUACGGUAUGAAUGAUCUCCAGUGCCUCAUAUGUUCUUUUUUUCCUCUCUGCAUUUAGGCCCUUCCCUGUGUUUUCUACAGCUUGCAGUAAACGCGAUGCCCCCCCCCAGAAUGUUUUGCACUUAACUGGUUAUCAUUUCCGCUCAUGAUCACAACAUGUCGAGAGAUUUCUUUUAAUCAUUUCACACAGGCUGAAAUUCAGUUUUGCUGCAUGUAAAAUAGAUCUCGAUGAAGGGAGACGUACGGAGGAGUCAAAAGAAAACAGUCUGUAGUUGUAAGACGUUGUUAUGGCUGUGUAGUCUUCUGUGCGCAGUGUCUGAUGUCGUCAUGGGAGUCAAAAAAAACAGCGUCAUACGGCUGUGAGUUCAAAUGAAAAAGAAUGUACUGUGUUGCAAGUGUGUACCUACAUAUGAAGUUUAAUCAAACGCUGUGCUUACCAUGAGCAUUUUACCGUCUGGAGAGAUGAAUGAACAAAAGUAUAUCUAUUUAUUUAGCACAUAAUAUCAUUUCAGUGCUGUAAAACACACAUCUCCCAGUUAAACACACCGGUGACAUGUUGCUUCCUGAAGAAUUUUUUUUAUAUAUAUAUAUAAAGUAAAUCACUUUACUUUUUGGGAGUUAAUUUGAGCGAUAUUCUCACAAACGAAUGAUUUGCUGUAAACUAUGAAACUUAAGGAAUGUAAAGCUGUUGAUUUGCACUGUUUUGCCACAUGAGCUAAAGAAAAAAAAUAUGCAGUCGUAAACUUUGCCCUUUGUCUCACCCGAGCCUAUUCAACCUCCAACUGAAUCGUUUCAGCAUCUUUUUCUUGCUUUUUUAAAAAAAAUUACUUACGAUUUUACCUUUUUUUCAGAUAUGCCCUUAGUAUUUUACGACCACUUCUGUUUUCUAAGCCUGUAUUCCUGAUAUAUUGCUGCUGUAAUCGCUCUUCACGGUGAGCUGUUGCUCUUGUCGAGACCAGUGCUGUAACUGUAUGAACUUCAGUGUGUGAGGAGAUGCCCUCCGCUGUAUUUUACGAGCAAAGUAUUGACGGUUCACAACACGAGAUUAGUUUGUCCUGCCACUGCAUCCCAUCAACGCAUGUUAGAAUUUCCGUACGCUGACAUCAACUCGUGUUUUGUCACAAAUGCUGGAUUUUAAUCGGAGGCAUCAGAGGAUGUGUCAUGUGAAUUACACCAUUCGACCCAUAGAGUUCAGAUAUUUUUUUAUUUUAAGUUACAGCAUUUUGAUGUGUCAUUCUACCACAAUGUAUAUUCUUAGUAUAUGCAUUUUUGAUGUCAGAUCAAAUGUAUUUAAUGUGUCUUUAUAAAUGGACUUUUUUUUUUGUUUUCCUUGUAAAUAAAAAUAUUGACUGUU